AUGGCGUCAGCGUCGGCGGCGGCGGCUAUGGAGAAGGCUCAGCAGCUGCUGGAGGAGGCGGUGGCCGAGUCACUGCUGACGGAGCAGGUGGACAUGCUGCCCUCCGGGUUCUAUGACGCCUUCGUGCUCUGCGCCAUCCGCGUCCACGCCGUCGAGCUCGGCCGCCUCCUCUGCCACUUCACCAUCCCCGCCCGCCUCCUCAACUCAGGUAACUUCCUACACGGUGGCGCAACUGCGUCGCUGGUUUACUUGGGGGGCACUGUUGUUUUCUACACGACCAGGGCACAGACCAGGGGCUCGCCACUAGAGAUGAACAUCUCCUACUUGGAUGCUGCAUUCUUGGAUGUGAGUGGCUUUCUUGCCAAAUAUACAACUCUUCUUUAA